AUGUCUUCAGAGGAUGCUGGCUUCAGCGUUGCCUUGGAGGAAGCCCGUCAAGGCAGCCGUGAGGGUGGCGUGCCCAUCGGGGCGGUGCUAGUGUCAGCAGAGGGCAAGCUUCUUGGCCAAGGGCACAAUAUGCGGAUACAGAAAGGCAGUGCUACGCUUCAUGCAGAGAUAUCCGCCCUUGAGAACGCGGGGCGUCUACCAGCAUCGACAUACCGUGGAGCAACCAUGUACACGACGCUCAGCCCAUGUGACAUGUGCACUGGAGCAUGUGUCAUGUACAGAGUAUCAAGAGUCGUCAUUGGCGAGAACAAGACCUUCGUCGGAGGGGAAGAGUAUCUGAAGAGCAGGGGCAUUGAAGUCAUCGUGCUCCAGAACAAAGAAUGUCAGGAACUCAUGGCCAAGUUUAUCAAGGAGAAGCCAGAGGACUGGUAUGAGGACAUUGGAGAAGAGGACGAGUGA